AUGGGAGUUGUGUACAUGAACAGAUGUAGGUGGAAGAAUGGAGUUGAGGAGGGAGGGGCCAGGGUGACAAGUUACUCCCAAUGUAUUGCAAAUCACCGCCAGAGGAACAAAUUCAAGAUGGCGACUACCGAACAACCUCUCACUUUAACAAGAGAUAUAAGUCGUGCAAUUGAACUCUUAGACCAGCUUCAGAAAAGUGGAGAGGUAACCAGUCCAAAGCUAGCUUCCCUCCAGAAGGUGCUUCAGAGUGAGUUCCUUGGGGCAGUAAAGGAGGUCUAUGAGCAUGUAUAUGAGACUGUAGAUGUUGGGGGCAGUGCAGAGAUCAGAGCAAAUGCAACUGCAAAGGCAACAGUAGCAGCAUUUGCAGCCAGUGAGGGCCACGCCCACCCCAGAGUAGUUGAAAUGCCCAAGACAGAUGAGGGGCUAGGGUUCAAUGUGAUGGGGGGUAAGGAACAGAACUCGCCCAUCUAUAUAUCUCGUAUCAUUCCUGGGGGUGUGGCAGACAGGGCACAGACUCUUAAAAGGGGUGAUCAACUUCUCUCUGUCAAUGGAGUGUCUGUAGAAGGAGAGCCACACGAGAGAGCCGUUGAUUUACUAAAAGCAGCCCAAGGCUCUGUAAAAUUAGUUGUUCGCUAUACACCGCGUGUUCUAGAGGAAAUGGAAGCAAGGUUUGACAAACAAAGAGCUUCGGCACGAGGGAGGCGACCUGUUGUUCCAUAGGGACUGAUUUCAUGAGACAAUUCUUGAGUCUGUGUUGUUUAAAACAUCAUCAUGGUCAUCUUUUAUAAUGGACAUAAGGCCGGAGUUAAUAAAUUAAAUGUUUAGCAUAUCUUUUUGGGAACAUGUUAAUGUUCAGGUUAUGCACUCGGGGAAAGUAUACAGCACUGCUUCUCUCAAUUACAGUCUCCAUGUGUAAGCUAAAAUAAGGUAUUGUGCAGCAUACAUGGAAUAUUAACCUUGAUAUAUGCAUAUUUUAUCUGUUAUGAUUUGACAGAAAGUGUGUUUUAUUGUCUAUAUUAAGUGAACUUUUGCUGAUACAUGAAGUCUUUUUCCAUAACCAAAAUUAGGUAAUGCUAAACAUAUUAUUUAUUUUUCCUGGCCU